GAAAAAGAAAAGAAAAAAGAGAGACAUGCAUCCAAGUUUGAAAUGUGAAGCUGCUUAAUGCGUUAGACAUGGGUGGAUCAAACACAUUUUAAUAACAUUCUAUAUUUGUUAAUUGUCGAAACAUGUAUUGAUUCUGCUUCUUCCAUUUUUAUUCUCUCCCUCCUUUGUUCUUCGUAACGAGAGAAGAUAUUCCACAAUUGGUGUCUUAAUUCAAUCCACAUUAACUCGAAGCUACAUUAUCAAAUCACAAUGGCGAAAAAGCUCUGUUUCAUUGUUAUGCUAUCAAUAUGUCUCCUAAUUUUUGACUUUGCGGGUGCUCAGGAGGAAUCUCCUUCACCUGCUGCUGUCUCGCCAGGACGUGAACCUUCAACGGAUUCUCCUUUGUCACCGUCUUCAUCACCGGAAGAAGAUUCUCCUUUGUCACCGUCUUCAUCACCGGAAGAAGAUUCUCCUCUCCCACCAUCUUCAUCACCGGAAGAAGAUUCUCCUCUGGCACCGUCUUCAUCACCGGAAGUAGAUUCUCCUCUGGCACCGUCUUCUUCACCAGAAGUAGAUUCCCCUCAGCCACCGUCUUCUUCACCAGAAGCAGAUUCUCCUCUGCCACCGUCUUCUUCACCAGAAGCGAAUUCCCCUCAGUCACCGGCUUCAUCACCGAAACCUGAAUCCCUAGCGGAUUCUCCUUCACCACCCCCACCUCCUCCUCAGCCGGAAUCUCCUUCUUCUCCAUCAUAUCCUGAACCAGCACCUGUUCCUGCUCCAUCUGACGAUGAUUCGGAUGAUGAUCCCGAGCCAGAGACCGAAUAUUUCCCUUCUCCGGCGCCAUCUCCGGAAUUGGGAAUGGCACAAGACAUCAAAGCAAGUGAUGCUGCCGGCGAAGAACUCAAUGACGAAAGAGGUGAAGAUUAUGGAAUGAGUGGAUUGGAGAAAGCCGGAAUAGCCAUUGGAACGAUACUCGGAGUAGGAGCUAUUGUAAUCGGAGCUCUUGUUUACAAGAAACGAAGAGAUAACAUGACCAGAGCUCGUUACACUUACUUUACUGAAGGAGAGUUCCUUUAA